AUGGAUGUGGAGACUAAGGCCAAAGCCGAAGCAGUGGCCAGCCAUGUUGAGGGUGGGCAUCAGGAUGGGGUCAAGGACGUCGUCUACAGUGGCCGGGAAGCCAAUGAGGCCGAACACGCGAUGACUUUUAAACAAGCGAUCACCAUCUACCGCAAGGCCGUCAUGUGGUCGCUCCUCGUGUCUACUUCUAUCAUUAUGGAAGGUUACGAUAUCGUCCUGGUGACAUCUCUCUUCGCACAGCCGGCCUUUGCUCGGGACUUUGGGUCGUACAGCCCUGAGGCUGGGUAUCAAAUCGCCGGAGCAUGGCAGUCUGCUCUGGGAGCGGCGCCGCAGAUCGGUGCCAUUGCUGGCGCCUUUGCGAAUGGCUAUUUGACGCACAAAUUCGGAUACCGUCCUGUUCUGAUCUCGUCGCUGGCGUCGAUGAUGGCAUUCAUCUUCAUCAUAUUCUUCGCCAACUCGCCGGCAAUUAUCUUGGUUGGGUUGCUGCUCUGUGGCGUUCCAUGGGGCGUCUUUGCUACCAUGGGCAUGGCCUACGCGUCAGAGGUCUGUCCACUGGCUCUCCGAGGAUAUCUGACUGUCUACAUCAACCUCUGCUGGGCGCUCGGUCAACUGAUUGCGGCAGGUGUAUUGGAAGGAUUCGUCAAUCGAACAGAUGAGUGGGCUUAUCGAAUUCCGUUCGCCAUCCAGUGGGCGUGGCCGAUUCCCCUCCUCGCAUCUCUCUGGUUUGCACCCGAGUCUCCUUGGUGGCUGGUGCGGAAGGGGGAUCUUGCCGCCGCUGAGCAGGCUCUCCGACGACUGUGUCAGCCAUCCAUGGUCGAUGUGCAACAGACCUUGGCGAUGAUCAUCCACACCAAUGCGAUGGAGGAGCAGGCGCAAGUUGGCACCAGCUAUCUCGAUUGCUUCCGCGGCGUGGAUCUGCGCCGAACAGAAAUUGCGUGUCUGACGUUUGCGGCCCAAAUCUGGUCCGGCAGUCCACUGGGCGGGACGCCAGCCUACUUCUUCACCCAGGCCGGGUUAUCGUCCGCCAACGCGUUCAAGUUCUCCUGCGGCGGGCUCGGCAUUGCGUCGAUUGGCACCAUUAUCGCAUGGGGGCUCUUGUCGAUCUACGGCCGCCGAACGCUGUAUCUGUGGGGACUGGCCGUCUGCUGUGCUUGCAUGCUGAUCGUCGGCUCCAUUUCUGCCGGCGCCGGCGAGGGUUCGGCCAGCAGCUAUGCUCAGGCCAGCUUCGUUCUGCUCUGGCUGUUCGCGUACUAUGUCACGAUAGGGUCUGUGUGUUAUCCGAUCAUCUCCGAGAUCUCAGCAACCCGCCUCCGCAGCAAAUCGGUGUGUCUCUCGCGCAUAUCGUACUACGUCAGCCAGAUUAUCGGGAAUGUCGUGGAGCCCUAUCUGAUCAAUCCACAUGAAGGAAACCUGCAUGGGAAAGCUGGCUAUUUUUGGGCUGGUACGGCGGCUAUAUUUUUGGUCUGGGCUUACUUCCGUCUUCCAGAGACAAAAGACCGCACGUAUGAAGAGUUGGAUGUCCUCUUCAACAAGCGAAUCGGUGCUCGCCAGUUCUCUCGGGUCAUAGUGGACGCAUACGCUUUGGAAGAGCAUGAGCAGGUCAAACAAGAAUGA